GUUUGGAAUGGCGUCUCUAGUACGUAGUACAUAUAACUCAAUGCCUAUGUCACUUCCACAAUUAAGACGAAUCUAAUGAAACCCCAUGUUAAAAUAUAUAUUAAUAAUUUCAUAUGUAAGGACCUAAUAUAUAAUGUAUAAGUGUAAACGGUUCCAUUUAAAAGUAUGGUGAGCGAUAUUAAUUUAUAUCUCGAGAUGUAAUAUACAUUAUAUCCCAUAGUGAAAAGCGGGCUUUAGUCGCUACGUGAAUGGAACGCAUGAAGUACAACAAACUCUUAUCAUUCUUCUCUAAACAUUGUUUAAUUUAUUUUAUAUAUGUACCCCUAAUUCUGGCAAAUAAAUGUAUUUUCUUUCUUCUUCCUUUCUUUUAUUUUAUUAGGAUACAUUUUAAAUCCUUUAUUAGGCACGCUUGCGACUUGUCUAUUUUUCUGGUUUUUAUAGGAUACAAAGUGGGUUUAUUGUUUAGUCCGUAAGUUCUUUUGCUUUGUUCUUUGUACCUGUUGCCAUCAUGAUCGCGUUUACCUUAAGAUUCAACGCAUUGGUUGAACUUCGUACUUGGCAAGCCGCCAUAUUGGCUUUCCUCCAGGACGUCUGUUAUACCAUCUCGACAGAAAACAGUUCACAUUUGACUAGAAAACUGAACAGACGUUAGAGUUUUCUGUUAAAUAAUCGAUUAUAAACAAUUUGAAUAACAUUAAUAAUUGCUAGCGGAAAUUAAAAGUAAUCAAAAGUUUUAUUGUUGCGUUUGUUUGAUAACGCGGGAAAAGCGAAAAUCGCGCCGGUUUUGCCGUCAGUUUUUUUUUACGAGUAGAGACAAAGGCAUUGUGUUGUCCUUCCUUGUGAAAUCAUUUUUGAGUUCGAUUUUGCUACAAAGAAAAGCAAGAUGCCGUCAGAAGUGAGAACAGGGAAAUCUCUGCAACGGGAGCUGGCUGACUCCAUCAUACGUAUGGUGCCGCUGGAUGAAAUCCGCAUACUCUUAGCUUGUGGAGCUAAGGUGAACGAGCCUGUAACUCAGGGUCUCCGGCCUAUACACUACGCGAUCUGGCAACGGUACCUUGAAGCCACUCGUCUCCUGCUGGUGCGUGGCUGCGAUGUGAACGCGCAGGAUGACUGCGGCUACAGUGCGCUGCAUCUUGCCGCUGAACAUGGCUACAAAGAGCUCGUGAAGCUACUGCUGGAGAGCGGUGCAGCGGUGGACUACCGACCAGACACCGGUGAACAGUUCCCCCGUACUACGCUCUGCGACGAACCACUGCGCCUGGCCAUCAGAAACAAGCAUUACGAAGUGGCUCGUUUACUGUUGGAGCAUGGCGCAGACCCCAAUAAACGCUACUUCUUCGGCUCCGAAAUCAACUUGGUCUCCGAUCCUGAAUAUCUAGAACUGCUACUUACCUUUGGAGCCAACCCCGAUUCUAGAGACCGAGCGGGGUUGACCCCUCUGAUGAAAGCGGCAAGACAAAAAAGGGGUAUUGAAGCCGUGCUGCUGCUGAUCAGCUACGGGGCCGAUGUCAACGCGAUGGCGGACGCUAGGAACGAUUACAGAACGGUCAUGCACUACGCUGUUUUAAGUGGUAACCCUGACAUGGUUAACUUGCUGAUCAAGCAAGGCGCCCGUGUAAACUACGACUGCCCAGAACUGAACAAGCCCAGUGCGUUGGACCUCGCCAUACUCAGAGGCGACGUGGGGAUGGUGCAGAUGCUUUUGGCUGCUGGGGCUAAUGUCAACGCGUCCAGCUCAGUAAUUGGUUCUCCCCUCCACGUGGCUUGUUCGGACAACAUCGACAACAGAAAGGAAAUAGUUAAACUGCUGCUGGAAGGCGGCGCAGACCCGAACCUGAAGGUGCUGAACGAGGAGGAGGGCGCGCAGCUGCGGCCGGCGCUGGCCGAGUACCUGGCCAGCUGCGCGCGCCCCGCCGCCGCCACCGUCGCGCUGCUGCUGCGCUACGGCGCGCGGGUAAUAAUGAAAACGCAGUUUCGUGACCCAAACGGUAUUCUGAAUCACUUGCAAAAUGUAACCUCUGAGGAAUACCAACACAUCUUCUACCUCCUCCUGGAAGCAGCUGAAGCGUUCGACUUGUGUAUGAUAAAAAGGAACUCUACACUUACCGCCAUUCAAAAACAAGCCUUAAUUGACCGCGCUAAGAAUCCCAUUACCUUGUUAGCUCAAACAAGAAUUUUUUUACGUAGGUAUUUUGGGACUGAGCUGGUAGAAAUUGUCAAAUAUUUGGAAAUUCCAACUACACUUCAUCGCUAUCUGCUUUUUGAAUGCAGUUAAAAAUAAUCUUGAAAUGUUUCCUGGAUUUCGCUUUUUGUUUGACUAAUGGUAUUACAUCUUUAGUCAAUUUUUGAAGUUUGGCGGCAAAAGUCUUUAUGGUCGGAGGUAAUCUCCAUGAUUUUUGGGAAAUUUGUAUCGAUUCGAAGGUAUAUCAUAUUUGUACGUGUAAUCUUAAGUUUUAUUUAGGUAGUAGGUAUACAAAAUCAAUUUUAACGUUCUUUAAACCAUUUAUUACUAUAUUUUUAAGAGAAUUACAGUCUUAUAGAUAAGGCCAAUAGAGCUGUCUGAAAUUAUACUAUCGAAUAAAAAAAUGCAAUGAUGUAUCGAUCAAAGAUAAUUAUUGUGUUUUGGAAGGGUAUCGAUUAUACUCUUUUUCAGUAUAAUGAAAAUUGUUGUUCAGUUAUAUUCUAGUGAGCUGUGACGACAACAGCCGGUAACAUUUUAUCUAUAAUUGAUUUAAUGAAAUGUUGAAUAAAUUUUGAGUCAUAUAAUUACAUUUUACUAGACAUAAAAGCAACAUCAACCGUGUAACUUUUCUGCAAUGUUAUAUUUACCUUUUCCCCUCCAUAUAAACAUAAAGAUUCUUUUCCUCUGUCAUCUUUUCUAAAAUUGAAAUAAUGUUAAAAUAAACUGAUUUCGUCACAAAGACACUUUAAAUAAAGUAUAUAAUUAAAUAUUUAAACUUAAACAAUACGCAAUUGCUAUUUCUGAGUAUGUUGUGCAUAUACAAAACAAAACAUUUUAUUUUAUUAUAACAACUUUUAUUUUAUAGUUAUGACCAAAGAGUAUAGUUAUUUCAAAAUUAAAACAUUAACAUUUACCUCCCUUGUCUUUAUAUAACUUUUAUAUGUGGUUUCUCCUCCCAACCACUCAACGCUGUUGUGUUUUAUGGGCGAUCCCUAAUAUAUUCAUUUUAAAAUAUGUAUUCAACUGUAAUACAAAAUAAUUACUAAAACGUUCACAAUGAUUACAUUUCAUAUAUUUUAUGUUUUAAGUAGUCUGAAUUGCAUACUUAUUAUGUGAUAUUUUGUGAUACAUUUAGAAUUAAGUCUUUUCUUGUGACUGAACAUUGUUAAAGUCUCAAACAUAUUUUUACUGUAUUAUUUUAAGGUAAAUAAAUAAAUGUGUG